AUGGCAAACCGUCCGUCUAAGAACCAAAAGCGAACCCAGUGGAAUCGGAAAUGUCGAGAAAAGUUAGCGGCAAAUAUCCGUAAGAUCCACCAACAUCUGCAGGGACAUUUCGUGAAAUCAGACGUGAGUUUCACGGCAAGGAUUAAUGAGCUUGAGAAAACCGAGGAGAGUUUAGCCCGCGAGCUGAACGAGUGGAAAGCACAAGCCAGCCUAGAGUCAGAAGUGAGACAGAAGGCAGAAGAGGAGGCGGCUCGAAUGAAGAUCACCGUUAAAGAGGCCCAAGAGGAUAGUCGAAAGCUCGAAGGGUAUAUCCAGAAAUGGAAAACAGAGGCAAAGGAAUCCAGCGAUGAUGCUGUUAAGUGUAGGGAAGUCAUAGGCACGAUCUUUGCAUUGCUCAAGGACUUCGGUUCGAGCAUUCAGUAG